AUGCGGGCAUCUCAUGUCGACUCCUCCGCGUCGACCGCUGCCCGCACGUUCGACCCGACCGAGUAUGCACUCCGUCGGAGAGAACAGAUCGAGCGCGCGCGGGAGCUACGGGCGGCGCGGUCCACCAUGAUGGGUACCGGCGUGUCGCGAAUGAACUCAGGCCCCACGCUCACCCGCUCCCUCUCCUCCGAUAACGUCGCCGGGUCGUUCACGCAUCACGCCUCGCGCUCGUACACCGACACUCGUCGCAACUCCCUGGGGUUAUCUUCUUCUAACUCUGGGCCUCUCGCGGCUCGUAGGAUUAGCGGUACAACUCAUGGCGGCACUGUCCCUCGUACCAUAAGCAGUUCAUCUGCCAAUUCGAACAUGUCGCGUUCGCUUGACACGUCUGCGGUGUCUCGUCCCAGUACCUCCACCAUUCGCGGCGAGCAUCCCUCCACUACCGCCCCGGCCGUCAGCAGCCGCGGCUCGGGGGUCUCCGCCGGCAGGUCCGACGGCCGGCACGAGAGCGGACGGCAGCAGAAGCAGCGGCAACCGAACGAGCGGCAGCGGCCGGUGGAAAUCCGGCAGACGCUGAAACUCGACGACGAGGCGCUGUUUUCCGAGGAGGAGCUCGCAGCGUUUCGCUGCGCUGGUAUGGCCGCCGAGUCGGAAGCCGCCAUUGGGGUGCAGCCGCAGAACGAGUCCGUGAUAAGGAUUAACGCGAUAGCGGCGGAAGUGGCGCCACCAGUUGUGGUUGAGAUUGUGGACCACGAGACGGGGGUCCUCAAGACGCCGCCGAGGGACACGAGAAAGAAGCGAAUCGUGGCGGAGGAAGAGACCAAGGAGGAGAUGCCACAAGUGGACGAUAAGGUAGAGAAGGAUCGGGAGCGGAAUCUCGAAGAGAAACGCAAGGAGCAGCAGCAGCAGAGCAAUUUCGGAGAGGAUGCGCAUGGCUUUCGGCAUUCGACGGCACAAGACGAGAAGAGGCGGGAAGGGAGUCUGCACAUGGAUGAGUCUCCGCUGCUGACAGCACCGGCAACAGCUGCUGUGCCUGUGCGGGGAUCCAGAGUCCACGACGAGCGGAGAGCCACGGAAGAGACGGUCUUGCGGAAGCAGAAUGCAGCGGGAGGGGGUGGACAGGCGGCAGGCGCAGCGCAGCAGGGGGCGGAGCCGGGAACGGCAGCGCCGACGACUCCCCAGUCAGCGGAGAAGAAGGGCGGGCGGCUUCUGCGCACGCUGAGCGCGUCCGUGAGCUUGCUCAAGCGCGCCUUCAUGGGGAGCGCUUCUUUCUCCGCCAAUUCCCCCUCCGCUUCCGCCUCCUCUCACUCCCCCGCAGCCGCCGCCAAAGCCGCUGCUGCCAAUGCCUUGGCAAGCCACGCGAAGCACGAAGCGGCGGGCCGCGCGUCUGCCUGGACGAGCGGUAAGCCUUCCGCGCUGGCCGCAACCCACGGUACCAGCGGCGCGAGUUCCAGUAGCGGGGCAAGCGGGACGAGCGGCACGACUGGGACUAGCGGCACCAGCCGCACUGAAGGUACUAGUUGGACUAGCGGAACUAACGGCACUAGCGGCACAACCGGGACUGCCACAGGCGCCGGUGCUACGAGUGCGAGUGGGACCCCCAACCUCGUCACCCCCACCAGAACACUCCACCCAAUCAACACGCCCUCCGCUUUCAACCCUGCGCCUUCCCCGUUAGCCACCGACGUCACGCCGCGCGCACUGUUCCACUCAAUCACCGCGACUGCUGCUACCGGUUUUUCCGCGGUGGUUACCGCAGGUCGCGCUCCCCUCAGUGCCUCCACUGCCCCAUCCACUCCGCAGUAUGGGCUUCCCCGUACGGCGCAAGGCUCUACUUCCGCCUCCGCCUCCGCGUCCCCUCAUUCCGGGACCUUCGUCCCCGCGCCGUGGGACUCGUACGGCGGUUCCUCCGUCCCCGCCAGCCCCGCCGCGAGUGAGGGUGCAGGCGGAGGGGGGCAGUCUCGGCGGAAGCGGUGGGCAAGCAUCGGGGGAGGGCACGCGGGGGGCAGUUUCUUGGUGCUUGGCGGAAUGAGCGCGGAGAGGGUGGAUGGAACGAGCAGGGGGGUGUCUGCGGAAGAAGCAGAGGAUGGAUUUACCACUAGAGGAAGGAACAGCAUGAGAAAGCAAGAGGCUGAUUCUGCCACUAGUACCAGAGGCAUGGGCUACACAUCCGACGAUGCAGAGGACUCGCGCCGUAAAUCCGACCGUCAGGGGCGUGCCACGUGGUCUGCCACACCAGGAGACGCGACGCCGAUGCAGAUCAGGCAGAUGAUGAACGCUCAGGAGCGCAAGGCGAGGACCAAUGGCGUGGGGAAGAGCACAAGCAAGGGCAAGGGCCGGUCUGAUCUGCCUGAUCGGCCUGACAGAGUGCAUCCCGAACCCCAGGCUACCCCAACGUCCCCUUCCGCUGCUCCGCCUGUGAACCACUCGGGCGGGCGGAGGCAGGGGUCAGCGCGCGUGGUGGGGAGGGGAGCGGCAGCCGCAGCAGCGGCAGCUGCUGGCGUGGGGAGGUCCCCGGGGAAAGGCGGAAAGGGGAGCGGGGAGGACGUGGCUGAUGAUGUGGCAGCGGCGGUGCGCGCCUGGGCUCGGGAGCGCAGGGGGAGCGUGUCAGUGUCCGGGCAUGGGGGUGAAGAUGUGCAGAGGCAGGAGAAAAUGGUGGGGGUGGAGCGGUGGCUGCAGCAGAGGCUGAUGGAUGGGUACUCAGGCAGUGAGGGCAUCAAAAGCAGUGCUUGGGAGGUCCGAUCCGGAAGUGCUAGUGCCGCUGAAGCUGCUGGUGCUACUGCUGGUGCUGCCGCUGUUGCUUCUGCUGAUGGAGAGGGGGACGGCAAGAAGGGAACAGGCGCAAGGAAGGAGCCUGGGGAGGGGCGAGCACGGUGGGAAGUGACGGAUGCAGGGGCGGUGCAAGAGGGUGACAGCGAGAAGAAGGUGAGGAAGGAGGCGGUUGGUGGAGAGAACAGUGGCAAGGUCAAGAAGAAAGUGAGCACAGGCAAUGGCCGAGUGAAGAAGAAGAAUGGUACGGGUGCGAGUGCAGGGGAGGAGGCAGCUGGUGGGGAAACGGUGAAGGGGAAGAAGAGCAGUGGUGGUAGUGGUGGUGGGAUGACGGAAAACGGCGAUGCUUAUGAGCACAGUGACAAGGAGAAUGGUGUGAAAAAGGUGAAGGGCAAGGGGAUGGGGAAUGGGAAGGGCAAGCAGAAAGGCCAGAGUGUGCUGGAAGUGGGUAAGGCAUGUGGUGAUGAGGCAGGGACUGAAGGAGGAGCUGGUGGGGUUGGUGCGGCAAUGAACGAGCGGGUGGGGGCGGAUGCUAAUGGUAAAGCGGUUGAGAAGCGGAAGAAGAAGGUGGUUAAGAAGGCUAGUGACAGUGCUGGCGAUGAUGCUGGAGAUGGUGGGGAAGUGAAGCGGGUAGCGAAGAAUGGGGCCACGGUGAAGAAAGGGAAAAAGGCACCUCUGGGCACAAAGAAGAGUGAUGGCAGCGGAGACAAGGGGGAUGUGAGUGUUGGAUACGGCGUUGGUGGUAUGAAGGAGAAGAAAGUUGGCAAGAAGAAGAGACCAGUUGGCAGUGACAGCAUUUCAGCAGAUCAGGGCUUGCUGCAACCUUUCCCCGACCAUGCAGUGCCCAAGCAGGAGACUGUUGCACACAAUGCAAGCUUGUAUCCCUGCCCAACCUUCGAGGCCAUCAGCACAUGUCCCGACGCCGCCACUGCUCCGGAUCUUGCGGAGCAUCCCUCCGUGCAGUUCGGCCAGAUCAUCGAGACGAACCUUCGCGGUGACCUCACCCGUACUGCUGGCUACGCCGGCAUGACUCCUAGGGACUGCUGCGAGAAGGUUGACGGCUCCGGCUUCUGGACAUGGUCCGCUGACUCUAGCGACCAGGAAUACGGUUGGUGCGACAUUUGGCAGAGCAAUGCCUGCGUCAGGGCAGGGAGCGAGCAAGGAAAGGUGUUUGACUCUAACCCCGCCUUCGCCUACACUUUCCUCAAGGUCGCAUAG